AUGAACAUGAACAACUGUUUCAAAGUCUGGCAGCGGUUGGGACCAGAGGGUCGCAGGUUCGAGUCCGGCCUGCAGCUCAGAUCUUGCUCUCACUCUUUCCCCCCUCUUUCCCUCAAUCUCUCGCUCUCUCUUUCUCACUCCAUCUCCCUUGCUCUCUUUCUUUCUUGUUCUCCAGUUACAAUAUCUUUAAAGAGAGUAAAACUGAUUUAAAGUAACCGUACAAAGCGCUCGGUGACCCACGCCCAGCUGAUGCAUGAUAAAGGCCGAACGCUGCAGGACUUUAAGCGUCGCAUGUGGCUGCAGGAGCUGCUGGACGAGGUCCACACGGCCGAGACGCGGGAGCUCCCGGUCCGGACCACGGCCACGGGGGGCGGGGCCAGCAGCGGCGGCGGCGGCGGCGUGGGGCUGCCCGCCGUCAGCCUGGGCAUCAACCUCAGCACCACCGGCAGCACCCUGCACUCCAAACCGCCCGGAGGAACCAAGAACCUCCCCGUCAGCUUCAGGCUGGAGGAGGAGGAGGGCACCAACCUGCCGCAGGAGACCAACAAGUCCCAGAACUACAAGGAGGCCGUGCUGAAGGCGCCCAAGAAGAAGAAGAAAGGAAAGUCCGGCAAGAGGAGGGAGGGCGAGAAGAGGAAGAGGAGGGCGCGCUCGCUGGGCCGAAGGCUGCAGGAGGAGGAGGAGGAGGAGCAGGGCAGCGGACUCCUCCUGGAGAGGAGGUCUCUGCUGGGCCUGGAGAGGAGGUCUCUGCUGGGCCUGGAGAGGAGGUCUCUGCUGGGCCUGGAGAGGAGGUCUCUGCUGGGCCUGCAGGGGGCGCUGCUCUAGACGCUGUCAGCCUCUGACACAGGUGAGGCAACGCAGCAACACCUCCACUUCUAGAGCA